UCAAGAGUGAAGAAGAAGAAGACCCACCAAUCCACCCCUAGAAAAAAUCAACCACAAUCAAUAAAAACCCAACUUCAUGAUACUCACGUUCUUCUUCUUCUUCCUCCUCCUCUAUUGAAUCUCAAAACAAUAUUAUUUUACUCAUUUCUUGUUCAGUUAUUCUUACAAUCAUGGCAGAUGUUUCUUCUUCUUCUUCUUCUUCAUCUUCACAAGCCCAUGAGCCCACAUUAUCCCAUAACGUAAAUCAAGAACCAGAAGAUGAUGAUGAUAACAAUAACAAUAAUGAUGUAAUGAACAGGGAAAAUAAGGAUGAUGAUAAUAAUCAGUUGUCAUUAUUAGCACUUUUGUUGGCUCUGUUUAGGAAAUCUUUCUGGGUUGGUUCUAAUUCUGCAGUGGCUCAAGAAACUGGGAUGGAGAUUGGAUGGCCCACUGAUGUCCGCCACGUGGCACAUGUUACGUUUGAUAGGUUUAAUGGGUUUCUUGGUUUGCCUGAUGACCUUGAACCUGAAGUGCCCAGAAGAGCCCCUAGUGCCAGUGCUACUGUUUUUGGCGUUUCAACCGAAUCAAUGCAGUUGUCAUAUGAUUCCAGAGGAAACAGUAUCCCUGUUAUAAUCAUGCUUAUGCAACAAUGUUUGUAUAGUCAAGGUGGUCUGCAGGCUGAGGGUAUUUUUAGAAUUAACGCGGACAAUAACCAGGAAGAACAUCUGAGAAACCAGUUGAACAGUGGCGUGGUUCCGGAUGGUAUCGAUGUACACUGUUUGGCUGGUCUUAUUAAGGCAUGGUUCAGAGAACUGCCGACGGGGAUUUUGGAUCCGCUUUCACCUGAGCAAGUAAUGCAGUGUCAAUCAGAGGAAGACUGCACCGCCCUUUGCCGCCUUCUGCCGCCAACGGAAACCGCUCUUCUUGAUUGGGCCAUCAAUCUGAUGGCUGAUGUUGUCCAACACGAGCAUCUCAACAAGAUGAAUUCGCACAAUAUUGCAAUGGUUUUCGCCCCAAAUAUGACUCAGAUGGCGGAUCCACUGAACGCGUUGAUGUAUGCAGUUAGAGUAAUGAACUUUUUGAAAACAUUGAUCUUGAAAACCCUUCGUGAACGACAGGAUUCGGUUGCUGAAUCGUCUCAAGCCUCACCACGAGAAUCACCGUCGGAUGAAAACAGCGAUCAAGGGCCUGGAAUGAAUCCACAUGCGCAACAAAAUCUUGAUGAAAAUGAAGAGACAGGACACGAAGAUGAUCAUCUUCGAAACAUAACUGCCACAGAAGAAUCUGAUGGACCCGGGUUGUGUAAUUCACCUGCUCAAUCUCCACCCAUCGAGCCAAAGACCCACGAGGUUGACCAUACCCAUAAACCCAAACCGGUGGCUAAGUCAAGUGAUCCAGAAAAGAUCAAACCGGUGGCUUUAGUCUCCAAUCAAAGUUCUGUAAAUUCUCAAACCGAAAAGAUCGAAGCAUCACGUUGAUUGAAAGAGAUGUUUGUAUGGUAAGAUAUGUUCUUGCGAUUUCGAUUUCGAUUUCAAAUCUGUAAAAAACUCUGAAACUUUGUUUGUUUUUGCAUAGAUUUUUCUUGUCAGUUGUAAAUUUACUAAAUAACCAUGUAAGAAGCUUUGUGUUUUGGUA